UCAGGUGAUUUUGGCAGGUUUCAGCCCCGAUGUCCUGCGGGUAUUUCCAGCACGAGGGGGUGACGUUCCCGGGGCUCCUUUACUCCCCCCGGGGCCUCGAGGCCGCCCGGGAGUUCCCGGUGGAGGACGACGACGUCUUCAACGUCACCUACCAGAAAUCCGGAACUGUUUGGAUGCUGGAGAUCCUGAGCCUGAUCCGGCAGGACGGGGACCCCCAGUGGUGCCGCUCGGUUCCCAACUGGGAGCGGGGGCCGUGGCUGGAGACGCUGCUGGGGCUGCGCCGCGCCCGGAGCAACGCCCGGCCCCGCAUCAUCAGCUCCCACCUGCCCGUGCAGCUCUUCCCCAGAGCCUUCUUCAGCUCCAGGGCCAAGGUGAUUUACACCGUCAGGGACCCCAAGGACGUCCUCGUGUCCCUGUUCCACUUCUCCCGGAUCUUCCGGCCCUACAAAGACCCCGGGAGCCUCGAGGAGUUCAUGGAGAAAUUCCUGGAGGGAGACGGUGCCGGACCUGGAGUCUGGGGGGAUUUG